AGGGUUCAGUAUUUGCCUCGUCACUGCGGCUCAGUGAUCUCAGAAGAUGAUGACAGAGGAGCGCUGGGAGAAACUGAUAAUAAAACACACUCGCACUGAAUGAAUGAGACAAACACCAGACAUGAGGGCCAGAAAGAAAGAGAGCUGUGACCCGAUGCGGGUUUCCGUUCAUGGUGUCUCCAUGUUCUCCUCCAUCACCAGCUUCAUCUCCGACCCACGUUUCCGCUUCCGAUGGCGAGCCAUCACGGUGGCAACCCUCCUGGCUUUGGCCGUCUUCAUGUACCUGCACCAAACGUCAUCAAGCUCCACUGACAGCAAAGUUAGCGGUCAGCGCUCGUGGCGAUCCAGCCGAGACGUGUCAGGCGCAGAGUCAGGCAUGAUGGCCGCGGCUGAAUCAGUGGACUCGCGUUAUAACGACACGUACCCGCUCAGUCCACCGGAACACACGGCUAGCGGGAUCCGUUACCGGAUCGGAGUCAUAGCGGACCUGGACACGAACUCACACAGCCAGAAGGACAACACGUGGUUCAGCUUCCUGAAACGAGGCCACCUGCUGGUGUCCGACAGCGGGGACAGCGUGUCUAUGGAGUGGGAUCCGGAGAUGGUGGUUCUGGAGAGUCAUCUGUCGGAGAAGGGCCGCGGCAUGGAGCUGUCCGAGCUGGUGGCAUUUAACGGGCACCUGUACAGCGUGGACGACCGUACGGGCGUGGUGUACCGGAUAGAGGGCAACAGAGCCGUGCCCUGGGUCAUCCUGCCGGAUGGAGACGGCAGCGUGUCUAAAGGUUUUAAGGCAGAGUGGUUGGCGGUGAAAGACGAGCGUCUGUAUGUCGGUGGUCUCGGGAAGGAGUGGACGACUAUCACCGGCGAGUUCGUCAAUCACAACCCCGAGUGGGUGAAGGUGGUUGGUUUCCAUGGGGACGUGGAGCACGAGAACUGGGUGCCGCGGUAUAACACACUCAAGAAAGCAGCAGAUAUCAAACCGCCAGGUUAUCUCAUCCACGAGUCGGCCGUGUGGAGCGAGCGUCUCCAGCGCUGGUUCUUCCUCCCUCGCCGCGCGAGCUCCGAACGCUACGAGGAAACAGCAGACGAGCGCCGCGGCACGAACCUCAUCCUGAGCUGCUCGCCGGACUUCAGUCAGAUCUCAGCGUCGCGCGUCGGGCCGCUCAAACCCACGCUCGGCUUCUCCUCCUUCAGAUUCAUCCCAGACACAGACGACCAGAUCAUACUGGCACUCAAAUCAGAGGAAGACGCAGGACAAAUCGCUACAUACAUCACGGCCUUCACGCUGGAUGGACGAAUCCUGCUGCCUGACACAAAGAUCGGAGACGUCAAAUAUGAAGGACUGGAGUUCAUAUAGACAGCCUUCAAAACAGCAGAACGGCUGUGCAGGCAUCCGUUACCCAUAAUGCAAUGAAACGGCAGCCAGUAUAUUUUCAGAGACAUGUUUAUAUGCUGUAUGCAGUAGCGCUGCGACGAUAAAUGUGACCCUGCAGCACAAAAGCAGUGUUAAGUCGCUGGGGUAUAUUUGUAGCAAUA